AUGGCAUACGUCGCCACCCUAUCCCCUCAUCACGCCUGCAGACAGAGUGCUCAUCUCCGUGCCGCUGUCUCUCCUUCUCUCCGCGCCCACCGCCCUGAAAGACCCCCUCUAUGGCGCCUUUCUGCGCCGCCUGCACUCCCAGGGCCUGCUGGACCACCGCAUGCUCACCCUUACUCCCAUUCCCCCAUUUCUCCCAUCUUCCCUUCCCCGAUCCCCUUACGCAUUCUCCCCUACAUCAUCCCCGCACCUGGAGAUGCAGUUCUCAUCUCCGUGCCGCUGUCUCUCCUUCUCUCCGCGCCCACCGCCCUGAAAGACCCCCUCUAUGGCGCCUUUCUGCACCGCCUGCACUCCCAGGGCCUGCUGGACCACCGCAAACUCACCCUUACUCCCAUUCCCCCAUUUCUCCCAUCUUCCCUUCCCCGAUCCCCUUACGCAUUCUCCCCUACAUCAUCCCCACACCUGCAGAUGCAGUUCUCAUCUCCGUGCCGCUCUCUCUCCUCCUCUCCGCACCCACGGCCCUGCAAGACCCCCUCUACGGCACCUCUCUGCGCCGCCUGCACUCCCAGGGCCUGCUGGACCACCGCAUGCUCACCCUCACUCCCAUCCCCUAUAUUUCCCCAUUUUUCCCAACCCCCCUACGUCACCACCCCCUACUCUUCCCCCUCGCUCAGACACAGUGCUCAUCUCCGUGCCGCUCUCUCUCCUCCUCUCCGCGCCCACUGCCCUGCAAGACCCCAUCUAUGGCGCCUCUUUGCGCCGCCUGCACUCCCAGGGCCUGCUGGACCACCGCAUGCUUGUGCUGCUCCUGCUGCUGCUACAUCGAUGCCACCAGAAAGAACACUCCUUCUGGGCUCCGUAAGUUCUUCAGUUCGAGUAUUCGGAAAUAUCCUCUCUCUCCAGCCUGCUCUCCCAGGGCCUGCUGGACCACCACAUGCUCGUGCUCCUCCUGCAGCUGCUGCACUGCACCGCUGCCACCAGAAAGAACGCUCCUUCUGGGCUCCCUACCUCUCCUGCCUGCCACAGUGCUUUGACUCGCCUCUGUGGUUCGACCAGGCCACGUUGGAGGAGCUGCGAGGCACUCCUCUGUACAACGCUGCAUGUGCGCAGAGGGCCAACUUGAGGCGUGUGUACGAGGAGCAGGUGGAGCCAAUCUUUGCUGCUGUGGUGGUCGAAGCAGAGGGGGAGCAGAACAGUGGCGAUGCCUCCAGCUGCAUCUCCUUGGACGAUUUUCUCUGGGCCAAUUCCAUUUUCUGGUCGCGAGCUCUAACCCUCCAGCUCGCUCCCAGCCUCUCUGCCUAUGUCAACAUCGCUGUGCCGGAUGCUGAUGUAGUGCCUCCUGUGCAAGGCAACGAGGUUACCAUCAGCUAUGGGGAGAAGGGCAACGAGGAGCUUCUGUUUCUUUAUGGCUUCGCCAUUCCCAACAACCCCCACGAGCGCCUCAUGCUCAACUACCCCCCGGCACAGCUUCAGGAAGACCCAUGCGCCGAGACCAAGCUACAGCUCUUGGCCGUGCAGGACCUCUCACUACAAUGGAUCAUUCCGCGUUCCUCCAAGUAUCCCAACAACGAUUGCCAGUAUGCCGGUGCUUCAUCUGCCAGGAGUCGGAAGGAGCAGGAGCGAGGGGAGAAGCAGGGGCAGGAGGACAAGCAGGGGCAGGAGGACAAGCAGGGGCAGGAGGACAAGCAGGGGCAGGAUGAGGUGCAGGUGCAGCAGGGACAGCAUAAGGAGGAGGAGGGUGGGGGGGAGCAAGAGGGGAGUGAGCAUGGGGAUGUGUUUCCCUCUAGCUUGAUGGCAGCACUGCGAGUGCUCUCACUCACAGAAGCCCAGUUGGAUGCUGCCACGUCAGCACUCCUGGAGCGCAAGGCAGCAGCAGGGGAGGGGGCUCUAAGCCCUGAGGACGCAAGCGAGGCAGUGAGAGAGGCAGCGGGGGGGGAUGCACAGGCGCUGCUGCUGCUGCAACAACUUCUGCAGCAUAGGAAUGACAGCAUGGUGCAGGGCACGGGGACUGCUGAAGAGAACACUGCAUGGCUCAACGCACAUGCACACAUUGAUGAGCCGAAGUCACCUCACAUCCUUUUCACUCCCUGCUCUCAGGCUUGA